UUUUAAACAAACAAAUAAUCCAAAAAAAUACACUAUUUUAUUUGAAACUUACCGCAUUAUAUUACUUGUCAUAUAAGUCUUGCUUUCGUACGCCUACAAGCUUCACUAAAUUCUUAAGACAUAUGACCAAAGACCUACAAAUAUAUUUAGUUAACCUGCUGCUCAUAAAUAUAACUUCAUCAAUGAAAUUAGGACAGCACUUGGACCAACUCAACAAGUAACACCAAUAUGACUAAUAUGAUACAAAGGUGGCACGCAUUGAUAACCCAUAGAAAUUAUAAUUAUACUAUCUUUAUGUACACAUUCGGACAAAAUUACUUUCACUUAACAUGCAGAUUACCCGGUUACAAUAGAAGAAAAAAAAAAAAAACAUUUUAUAACUUGAAUCACCAAAUAUAAGCUCUUUCUAAUUCAUCACUUAAUUUGCAUCUAUCUGAUAUGGUAGAUACAGCAAAUUUUAUAAUGCAUAUACAUCUAAAACUUAGUCGCAAGCUCCAAAAAAUCAUGAUAAUUUCUAUAAAUCAUUUGAUUGACUAAGGUUAACCCAUUGACAUAAAAAAUCAUGAAAAAUUUUCAAUAAAAAGUAUAUAAUUCAAAUGUAUUUUGAACCAUAAUUCAUAGAUAAAAACGAUUGUUAAAAAUUUGUUAAUCUGAAUGUAGAUGACCGAGCUCUUAGCCUCUCACUAAAUGAACAAUAUGCAAUCCCUAUAUAUGUCAUAUAGUCAAAUAAUAGAUUGUGUUCUCUAUAAGAGGUUUAAACGAUGUAUGAUGACAAAUUAAUUUUAAAUGAAAUAAUAAUAAUAUUCAUCCCUACAAUGUCAUUAAAUAGUACUUGAGUAUUUAUCUAAAAGUUCGUAAGGACUAGAUAAAAACAUGUAACACUAUCUUACUAUUGGAAAAACAAAAAAGUCGUUUUCAAUUGACUUUUAUUUAAGAUAAAUAAAUAUAAUCUGAAACUUCAAAGAAAAAGUGUCGAUACAUCAAUAAAUUAACCUUGUUACUAUAGACCGCAUGUAGUAAUUAAAGAUGAUCCACUAGUAAAAGUUCUAUUUGUCAAUCCUAUUUGUAUGUUUGUUGAAAUAAAAGAGGUUAUCCAAAGGCAAGGCUAAUACUCAGUCAAAUGAUAAAGGACGACCUGGAUCUAAACAUAACAAGUAAUUACCAACUAUUCCCCAUACACUUGCAUUGCUAAAGUUACCAAGUUAUCAAAAAUCAUACCCGCAAAACUUCUCUAUAUAAAGAACCAAACUAGGUAGAACGAAAACCAGCAAUAGCCAGAAAAAUCCUUAUAACACACAUCUACGUACUCUGAUCCUAUCCAGAUUUUUUAACCAAAAUCAACCCAUGGCUAGCUCAGCUUUUUGCAAAUUUGUGUGUGCAGUUCUUAUGUGCAUGGUGGUCGUUGCACCGUAUGCAGAGGCAACCAUUAACUGUGGCACAGUGACCAAAAAUAUUGCACAAUGUGUUACCUACUUAAAGGGUGGCGAUGAACCGUCAGAAACAUGCUGUGAUGGGGUUCGGACCCUCAGCAAAUUAGCGUCUACCCCAGAAGACAAGAAAACUGCUUGUGGCUGCAUAAAAUCAGCAGCUAGCUCUGUUAAGGGUAUUGAUAGCCAGAAGGCAGCGUCUCUUCCUACUAAAUGUGGUGUCACAAUUUCCUAUGCAAUCAGCCCCAACACUGAUUGCUCUAAGGUGAACUAGAUGGAACAGUUUCCAACUUUAAUGAAGUAUCCAAUUAUUGGCCAUGAAGCUUGAAGAAUAAAGAACUCGAUAGACUUCUACCUACAGAUAGUCAUUUGUAUUCUAUUUAAUUCGUAUUUGUACCGGGUUUUUCACUCAUACGUCAUUACAAUUAUCUAUAUAUAUGUAUGUAUAAGCUAUUUAUUUGUUAAAAAUGAGACUUCUUCUGA